AAACGCCUGAUCUGGCACGGUUCAAUCCCCCUUAAAAUAACCCUCUCAAAAACCGAGAGCCGGAUCUGGGACCAAACAACUCCAUACUACAUCGAGAUACCACGGAUAUCCUAUCUCCCUGUCUACCUCGAUCUUCUGAUUGGAUUUUUCAGGACAUUCUUGCUGGAUGAGAGUACGGCAAGCGCGGGGAAUGCUUGGUUCAGCACAGCAGAGGAUGCAAUUCCGGUACGGUGGCAUCUUCCUAUCGGACUCCUACACGAUCUUCACCGCCCACCACCUCCCGCCUCUUCUUCUACCACACCACAACCUUGGCACCUCGUCCUCCAUUUCACAAACUACCCAGACAUCUUAGCCCGAAGACAGUGUGACUGGGCGAUGCGCGACGCCUACAUGAACAAACUUAAAGAAGCCGAUUUCCUCCGCUGCGGAAGUGCGAAACGAGUUAUGUCACUCUCCAAACACGAUAGUGAUGCGUUAUGGCAAAGUGUGGUUGAUCACGAUUUAGACACCUUUACACGGAUCACGAGUACCCUCUUACCGACCACGCCGAGGAAUCUGCCGAUACGGAUAUACCUCCCCACGCCCGCGCCAGCACCACCGUCGUCACCUACGACUCCGACCCCCAGCAACCCCCAUCCAUCCUCAAAACCACCAACUGCCAGUGUGGGGCCGCCGUUGAAUACAGUCCACCAACCCCUCACCCCCCUGUCCCAAAGCCAAACCCUCAACGACCUGCUCUCAUCCCACUUUCCCGCCCUCUUCCCUGAUCCUGCAAAAUCAAAAUCGACCUUACAAAGACAGAGAGAGAGAGAGAGAAGCAACGGCAAAGUGUUGGGCAGGGCGAUGAUACACGGUGUCAAGAUUCCGGGUGAGAUGCCGCUUGUGGAGGUGGUGAGGGAGAUGGCGGGGGCGGAUGGGUGGGUUGAUAUCGUUGUC